UUUGAUCCUUCAAAAGUCAAACAAGUUUCUUGGAAACCUAGAGCUUUUGUCUAUGAAGGCUUCUUAACGGACCUCGAAUGCGAUCAUUUGAUAUCUCUCGUGAAAUCGGAGCUAAAGAGAUCUGCAGUUGCUGAUAAUGUUAGUGGAGAGAGCAAGCUUAGCGAAUUCCGUACUAGUUCGGGAAUGUUUAUUGCUAAAGCGAAGGAUCCUAUUGUUGAUGGUAUUGAGGACAAGAUUUCAACAUGGACAUUUCUUCCCGAAGAAAAUGGAGAAGGCAUCCAAGUUUUGAGAUAUGAGCAUGGGCAGAAAUAUGAACCGCACUACGAUUACUUUGUUGACAAGGUGAACAUUGCCAGGGGUGGACACCGCAUAGCCACUGUGCUGAUGUAUCUUACAAAUGUGACCAAAGGUGGCGAAACAGUGUUCCCCGAAGCAGAGGUUUUGAAACCAAAAAGAGGGGAUGCCCUACUCUUCUUCAGUCUCUACCCUAAUGCUAUACCCGACCCGAGCAGUCUGCAUGCCGGAUGCCCGGUAAUUGAAGGUGAGAAAUGGUCAGCAACAAAGUGGAUCCAUUAA